AACCCGAAUGCUUAUGUUUGAUUGGCAGGGGCUGUUCCGUAACUACGGCAACGCGUUCUUGCCAGUGCUGUGGCCUCAUCUGGAGCAACUCGCCAGCAACCCCCACGAGAGCUCCCAGCGCUGCUUGUGCGAGAUUACGGCCGGACUAAUCAGAGGCAGCAAACACUGGAGCUUCAGCAAGGUGGACAGGUUGUGGCAGCUGCUUUGCCCUUUGAUCAGGACAGCGCUGAACAACAUCACUGUGGAAACCUACACAGACUGGGGCACAUGCAUCGCCACAGCCUGCGAGGGCAGAGACCCCAGGAAACUCCACUGGCUGUUUGAGCUGCUGAUGGAGAGCCCCUUGAGCGGGGAGGGCGGCUCCUUCAGGGACGCCAGUUUGCUGUAUGUGCUUCAAGGAGGUCUCGCCCAGCAGCAGUGGAGGGUUUCGGAGCUGCUGCACCGCCUGCUGGCUUACCUGGAGCCCAAACUCACCCAGGUGUAUAAAAACGUCAGGGAGCGGAUAGGGAGUGUGCUGACCUAUAUCUUCAUGAUAGACGUGGCGCUGCCCCACACCAGGCCCACCUCUUCCCCCCACGUGGCAGAAUUCGUCACUCGGGUCCUGGAGCGGCUCAAGCCCCUCACGUCGGAGCCCGAGAUCCAUAACCACGUCCACGAGGAGAACACCCAGGAGACGGACGAGCGCACCCAGGCUGUCAAGCUGCUCAAAACGGUGUUGAAGUGGUUGAUGGCGAGCGCAGGGCGAACCUUCACCACUCCUGUUCAGCAGCAGCUACAGCUCCUGCCUGUGCUCUUCAAGAUUGCCCCAGUAGAGAUUGAUGAGAGCUAUGAUGAGAUGAAGCAGGAUGCGCGCACGUGUCUCUCUCUCAUGUCCCAGGGCCUGCUCUAUCCGGAGCACAUCCCUCUGGUUUUGGCAGCACUGGAGGAGAUGGCGGCCAGCAGAUCGUGGCACGCUCGCUUCUCAGUACUGACCUACCUCCAGAUCACAGUCUUCUACAAUCUGUUCACUCUGCUCAGUUUGCCCGCUGAGGUUCUGCGCAUCCGAAAGCUGGUGAUGCAGCUGCUCCUGGAUGAACAGCUUGAGGUGAGGGACAUGGCCUGCACCACCCUCAGUGGUUUACUGCAGUGCCAGUUCUUCCCUCUGGACUCCUGUCUGCAGACACAGCUCCAGACGCUGAGUCAGACUUCCCUCCCCAAGGCCAGAGGAGAGCUGGCCUCCAUGGACUUGGUGCGGCGCCACGCCGGCGUGCUCGGUCUGAGCGCGUGCAUCCUGUCGAGCCCCUACGACGUCCCACAGUGGAUGCCGCAGAUCCUGAUGGAGCUGAGCGACCAUCUCAACGACCCGCAGCCUAUAGAGAUGACGGUGAAGAAGACACUGUCAGAGUUCAGGCGCACUCACCACGACAACUGGCAGGAGCAUCGGCAAUGCUUCACCGACGACCAGCUUCUGGUGCUCACCAACCUGCUGGUGUCGCCCUGUUACUACGCCUAGACGUUCGCCUACCGCCCCCUUCCACGGAAAAAUAAUCCCGCCCUUAAGUACAGCUGGGGGCUUCUGUCUGCGAUGAUAAAGACUCGUCGUUCCAGGGAGGAGAUCUCUGUCUGGACUCUCACGUGCCGCUGCUGGCCUUUUGCCGGAAAGCAGCUGGGGACAGAGAGGUUUUCAGUUAGCACGCUGCUCAGUGGGGUUUGUUUUGCACGCUGAGGCGGCCAUGGCGAUGAUAAAAGUGUGUUUUCAGUCUCCUGCAGCUCUGAUCAACAUAGAGACUCCAAAUCUUCUUCUUCCUCUUUAUUGCACCACCGUCACUUUGAAGGAAGUUUCUGAAUACAAUCUUUAGGGUAAAAUUUUCUAUUUAAAUACAGUCAUGUGACAAAACUGGGACAUCCUGUGAAAUAUUUGGUUAAUUAUUAAGAAAAAGUUAACAUAUUGAUGUCUACUUUUGUAUUUAUUUCAGGAAAAUAAAGUGAUUUAACUGCAAUUAACUGAGAAAUAAAAAUGAACCUUCCUAAAAAGAUAAAAAGUGCCGCUUAGCUAAGGAAAAAGUUAGGACACCCAACCCCUGGUAGUUGGUGUUGCCUUCUUUGAAUGAAAUAACUCGAUAACAAUACUGGUAUGUUUUGGGCUCAAGUUUUCUUCAAGUCCCUUCUCAUAGAUGAUAGCUUUCAUUAUGGAGUCUGUGAUGGUGAAAAUGGGAAGGUCUUGCUGCAGCAGCACUCCUAAACCAUGACACUACCACUUCGAUGCUUCUCAGUUAGUUUGCCAAACGUGUUCAAAAUAAUUCAGUUUUAGACUUCAAAGUCUGGGCUUUUGUCUCUCUGGAAAACUGGCCUUUGUGAGGGUUUUUUUUUUUUUGGUCAAGUUCAGUCUAACUUAAACAAUCAGUACACAUUAACUUGAUACACCUCCUUUAAAGUAUUAAGUAAUUAAUCAUCGUCAUGCGCAACUGAUUUCAUGUGUGGGUUUUUGAGGUAUUUCUAGUGCGAAUACAUAUGAGGGUAAAGAAUAAAUAUUGUCUUCUAAAAUUUUAACCCUAGACACUGAAUUUUUGGUAUAUAUAUUUUACGUUAAAUUCACCUGAAAAACUCGCCUGCAAAUGUGGACUUUCUGGUCACCGUGAGUCCAGCGGCCUAUCAAAUUAGGCUUCUCCUAUCGCUUGUCCGACAGUUAGCUUGUUCAGCGUAGCUAACGGCCAGAGACGCCACACCAGACUCAUUGGUGUCACGUGAUCAAAAGAGCGUAAUUUGAUUGGCUAAAAGCUUUUCACUCUAUGUAGUGCUUAUGGUUUUGGUUUGCGUUAUCAAAAGGCCACCACAUUUGCAGGCGGGUUUUUGAAAGUGAUUUUUUUUUCCUGGUGAAUUUAAAG